CAUUGACAUUGGACUGGAACUUCAGUCUCUCUGCUCGAGGACUCAUGCCCAAACAAGAUCUCCACAAACAAAAGCAUGGCUUCUGGGAAGAAAAGUGCACGGAGUGAGAAAAACACAGCUUAGAGAGAGAGAGAGAGAGAGAGAGACUGAGAGAGAGAAGAUGAGAGACGUAGCAGCUCUUUCACCAUCAAAACACUUUAACCCAACCCCACAAACCAACCCCAAAACCCAACCAAUUCAAUCGCCCAACAGCAACCACUUCUCACCCAAAAAACCCAACAAGCCCUCGUUUCCCUGUUUCUCCACAACCCCCUCCAAAACCCCGAUCCCAAUAUCCACUCCCCCCUUAGUAGUCGUCGGAUCCGCCAACGCCGACAUCUACGUCGAAAUCGAACGGCUCCCCAAAGAAGGCGAGACCAUCUCCGCCGCCCACGGCCAGACCCUCGCCGGUGGCAAAGGCGCCAACCAGGCCGUGUGCGGCGGAAAGCUCUCGUACCCGACUUACUUUGUGGGCCAGGUGGGUCAGGAUGCUCAUGGAAAGUUGGUUACGGAGGCGCUUGAGGGCGGUGGGGUCCACCUUGAUUACGUGAAUACUGUGUCUGCCGCCCCCACUGGGCAUGCGGUGGUGAUGCUCCAAUCGGACGGGCAGAACUCAAUUAUUAUAGUUGGUGGGGCCAAUAUGAGUUGUUGGCCUGAUUGUAUGAGUGAUGACGAUUUGGAGGUGGUAAGGAGUGCUGGGAUUGUGUUGCUUCAGAGGGAGAUUCCUGAUUUUGUUAACAUUCAAGUUGCAAAGGCUGCGAGGACUGCUGGUGUUCCUGUCAUUUUGGAUGCUGGGGGAGUGGAUGCGCCCAUCCCAUCAGAAUUACUGAAUUUUGUUGACAUUCUGAGCCCGAAUGAGUCUGAACUUGCUCGAUUAACAGGAAUGCCAACUGAAAGUUUUGAACAGAUUAGUCGUGCUGUGAUAAAAUGUCAUGAAAUGGGUGUUAAGCAAGUCCUUGUGAAACUUGGGGCCAAAGGUUCAGCUCUGUUCAUAGAGGGGGAAGAACGAAUAAAACAACCCAUUAUAUCUGCUCCAAGAGUUCUUGAUACAACUGGAGCCGGUGACACUUUUACCGCUGCUUUUGCUGUAGCUCUCGUGGAGGGAAAAUCCAAAACAGAAUGCUUGAGAUUUGCUGCUGCAGCAGCCUCUCUGUGUGUACAAGUGAUGGGAGCCAUUCCAAGUAUGCCUGACAGGAAAUCAGUUUUGAACCUUCUUCAAUCCCUUUGACGAAAUUUAUUUGUUUCUCAUUUUGCAUAUAAAUAAAAGGUGUUGGUCAUUUUUCUCUCACCAAAUUGGGUCCAUUUUCAGUUGAUUGAGCAUGACUACAAUCUCUUUACUCGUGGUGAAAAUUUUGAACUUAAACUUCAUCUUGUUCCCUUUUCUGGCUCUUUUUGUCUAAUUGUAUGAUGGACUGGAAGUUAGGUAAGAUUAGUCUUACCGGCUUUUGCAGUUUGAAAAAAACUGAGCAACUUUACAUUUAGCAACA